AUGAACAUUGGAAGCGACAUCGAGCUUGUGUCUGCUUUUGCUAUGGAGGGAGCUCUUCCUCGUCAUCUUGACGCUGACGAUUAUGCCCGUCUGAGCAAACGUGUCGUGCUCAAAUUCGACCUUCUGCUUCUCCCUUUCUUGUGUUUACUGUUCUUGCUUAAUUCUCUGGACAAGUCCAACGUCGGGAAUGCAGAGUCUGGUCAUUUCACUGAAGACCUUGGACUGCCCAAGGCCGCCCUGAACGUCUCAGUAGCUUGGUUCUUUGCUGUCUUCGUUUCUUGUCAACCGAUCGGUGCCUAUUUCGGUCGCAAAUAUGGUAUGGCACGCUGGGUCCCAGCCACUAUGGGCCUUUGGGGAGUCUGUACAGCACUUCACGUCGCUGUGCAGUCUCAGACUCAAUUAGUUACUCUGAGAGUACUCAUUGCGGCACUAGAAUCCGGUUUCUACCCUACUGUGGUCAGCUNNGUAGGUUAUACUCCUCGAGACUGCGAGGUUGACUAUGGACUAACACACCGUUACUCAGAUCUGAGUCUUUGGUACACUCGCUACGAGUUUGGCAAGCGCUUGGCUUUCUUCUACGGCCAAGCUGCGCUUGCUGGUUGCGUCGGAGGACUCGUAUCCUGGGCUGUGUUCAGUUACUUCCCUCACGAUGACCCAAAUCCUCAUAUUGCUGCGAGGAAGUGGAGGAGUUGGGAGAUUCUAUUUCUUAUUGAAGGCUCUUUGACGAUUCUAGUAGCAUUCGUUGGGUUUUUCUGGCUGCCUCACAGCGCCAAUACUGCCUGGUUUCUGACUGCCGACGAACGUCUCGUUGCAGAAGAACGUAUUCGCAAGGAUCAGAUUGCCGCAGCCAGUUCGUGGACCAAUCCAAAACAUCAGCCAAAUCUCGACAUCCAGGUGUCAACGUCAUCCAUCCUGCCGGAACCACGCUCAUCCCUAACAUUGGAGGAUGAAGAAGCUGAUUUCUUGCUCUCUCGUGCUGAAUUUACACAACCAUCUACCCGACGAGCGAGCCACGCCUCGUUCGUGUCCAUCACGGCCGAUAGUGGAGUCUCUCGCGAAGAUAUCUUCUCUGCCGUGUCCGAUUGGAAAAUCUGGUAUCUCCUGUUCUGUAACAUCUUAUCCGCCAUUCCAGCCACCGCCUUUGCAGUAUUUCUUCCGCUCGUCAUCAAAGGCAUUGCAGGACGGGACGAUCUGGGACCAGCCGCUAUAAAUUUGCUUGUGGUGCCUCCAUUCCUGGCUGGUGCAAUCAUCCUGUGGUUAUUCACCUGGUGGUCUGACAAGCAUCGUACCCGUCUGAUUCCAAUCCUGUAUGGGUUGGCAAUCCUGCUCGCCGGUCUAGCCGCCACUGUCGCGCUACCCACGCGCGCCUACAAACUCCGAUACUUUGCCUUGACUGUUCUCUUAUCUGGCUCCUUCGUAGCUUCACCUCUGACGGUGACAUGGCUGAGCAAUAACAUACCUCAGCCUGGCAAGCGUGCGAUUGUCCUAGGUAUCAACGGCUGGGGGAACUUUGCUGGCGUUAUCUCAAGCAUGCUGUUCGCUCCCAGGUUUGCCGAGGACGGCUACAUCAUUCCAUUUUAUGUGACUCUGGUCUGCGUCCUCACCGCUUUCGUUGGCUACCUUGCUUUCAGGGCUUUGGUUGUUGCGGAAAAUCAUCGACGAGAACGAAUCGUGGCAGGCUGGGACGAUGAAGAAGUCAGACGGGAAGCGAUGUUUGGGGACGGUGCCGUGGUUGAGCAAAAGAACUUCUGGACACUCAUCACAAGAGCCUGCAAGUUGAACAAAUUGCGUGAUUGGGCACAGGUUGAUAGACUACGGCGUGGAGACGAGAAACUCACUUUUGUGUAUAGUCUCUAG